CAGCCCUGCAAUCGCUAAGAAAUAAUUCCUUGCGUUCUUCAUGACCGCCUGACCCGCAAGCUGGGAGCAAAUACACUUGCGCUACAGGAUGUUUCGCCUUCGAUUUCUUCCUGUUGCAGCAGGGCUGUCUGCUGUUUCGUGGCGUUACCAUGGGACGGCACAUCACCCCAGGACCAGGCGUAGGCUCAUGGUGGCAGCUUUUGUAGGGACAGCUGCAGUGACAGCAAGUGCCAGAUUCCUUUGGCAGAGGGCCUAUGCAGAAGACUCGUCCUCUGUAAAACACGGUCCGAGGACAGAGCCGAGCGAGAAGGUGAAGCACGAGGAGGAGGAGGAGAGCAGUGGCAGCGAGGGUAGAAAGGCCGUCGCAUCGGGUGAUGAGGAGGCUCAGCCGGAAGGGAAGAAGAAGAAGUGUUCCGGGUUCAGGGACCGUAAGGUGAUGGAAUACGAGAACAGGAUCAGAGCCUACUCCACGCCGGACAAAAUCUUCAGAUAUUUUGCCACUUUGAAAGUCAUAAAUGAGCACGGUGAAUCGGAGGUUUUUAUGACACCGCAGGAUUUCGUGAGAUCGAUAACACCUAAUGAAAAACAACCAGAAAACCUGGGCCUGGAUCAGUUUAUAGUGAAACGCUACGAUGGGAAGACAGAGAAAUUAUCCCAGGAGCGAGAGAAGUUUGCCGAUGAAGACAGCAUAUUUUAUGCGCUUGGAGAAUGUGGACUCAUUUCUUUUUCCGACUACAUCUUCCUCACAACAGUCCUUUCCACUCCCCAGAGGAAUUUCGAAAUUGCCUUUAAGAUGUUUGAUCUGAAUGGUGACGGCGAGGUGGAUAUGGAAGAGUUUGAGCAGGUCCAGAGCAUCAUUCGCUCCCAAACCAGCAUGGGCAUGCGCCACAGAGACCGGUCUACAACGGGGAACACCCUGAAAACUGGCUUCAACUCUGCACUGACAACAUACUUCUUUGGGGCAGAUCUGAAGGGGAAGCUGACCAUCUCCCACUUCCUCGACUUCCAGCGCAAACUGCAGCACGAUAUUCUGAAGCUUGAGUUUGAGCGGCAUGACCCGGUGGAGGGCCGGAUCACGGAGCGGCAGUUCGGCAGCAUGCUGCUGGCGUACAGUGGGGUGCAGUCCAAGAAGCUCACUGUCAUGCUGAAGCAGCUCAAGAAGCACUUCCAAGAUGGAGAGGGGCUGACGUUUGAGGAGGUGGAGAGCUUCUUCACUUUUCUGAAGAACAUAAAUGAUGUGGACACAGCUUUGAGCUUCUACCACAUGGCUGGAGCUUCGCUUGAUAAAGUGACGAUGCAGCAAGUGGCCAGGACAGUGGCCAAGGUGGAGCUCUCUGACCACGUGUGCGAUGUGGUGUUUGCGCUCUUCGACUGCGAUGGGAACGGCGAGCUGAGCAACAAGGAAUUUGUUGCCAUAAUGAAGCAGCGCCUUAUGAGAGGCUUGGAGAAGCCCAAGGACAUGGGCUUCACACGACUCAUGCGGGCAAUGUGGAAAUGCGCCCAGGAGACGGCGUGGGACUUCACCAUGCCCAAGCAGUAGCAGGGUCGGGGAGGAGCACCCGGCUUCCCUGUCUCAGCCCUGCCACCAUCACCUGCGGGUGAGUGCCACUGCUGCGGACACCUGCAGGGUGGCACCAGGCUCUGGUGAGCCCAGACUGUUCAUAACAGGAGAUUUUUGUAAAUCAAAGUUAGAAAUCAAAGCCUGUUGUAUUUGCAGCUUCUGCUUGCCGCUGGCCCUUUAAUAUUCUUCUCUCAGGAAAAAGAAAAGGACUUUUCUUACUGAUGCCACCUCCACUUCGUGAUGCGCCCUGCCUGCAGAGCUGGGCAUCGAGCGAGCUGGUGGGGCUGCACCCAAAUCACUUAUUUAAUGUUGUUAAAAAAUGGCAUGGGGGUUAUUUUAAUUCUUAGAUUGCUCCUAAGAAGCCAUGGAAUUCAUGGAUAGAUCAUACCGGUGGGACCUAGGAGCAGGCAGGUGCUGAGAGCACCCCAGGAUUUCAGUCAGCCAAAUGCUCUGUGCUCCCCCAGACUGUCGGGGGGUGGAGGGGAUGGGUGUACCCGCAGAGGGGCUGCUUGAGCUGAGGUGCUGCCUCUGGUGUAAGAGCAGUUAAAAGUAGUGGAGCAACUGGCUCUCCUGCCCAUCCUGCCUUGCAUAAGUGACCUGCUGCAGGAGGUCUCUAAUGGGAGCCCUCUCCCUGGGGAGUUGCUGUUCUGUAAUGGGAACAGGCUGAAAGAUGUUAUUUGCUGAGUGCUGUCCUCUCUGUAAAGUAUUGUGUAAAGAUGUUGCUCACAAC